UGAUGCAGCGGCAACCACUACUCUCUCUAUUUUGCCUCACUGUGGAGAAAUCUCUGGUCUCUCAACCCGGAUGCUGUGCCACAACUAAUUUUGCCCAGUGCGCAGCGCUAUAGACUGAGCAAGGGGGCGGAAAUAUUUCAGUACCCUUGAGGCGGACAGCUCUCCCCGGAUCCACACGCUGCUGACCGCCGGGCUCCGCCGCAUCCGAGCCUGGAGGAUAGGGGGACCAUAAUUCAUAGCUUUAAAAAAAAAAAAAAAAGGGGGGGGCGAGGUGUAGCCGCCACAUUAAAGGCAAACACAUCGUGACCACUUGCACGCCGCUGAAGCCGUAGUGGAAGGGUGAGGAAGAGGGUGGACGAAAGAGAAAAGGGGAGCAGAGCAGCAUCACUACAGAGAGAGAUGGCGGAGUGCGGGCGGAAGGCGCUGUCUCUCCUGGAAGCGGCCCGCUCCCGGUACGAGAGCCUGCAGAUAUCCGACGACGUGUUCGGCGAGUCCGGGGAUGACAGCAGCGACAAUCCCUUCUACAGCACCUCCGGAGACUCCGACUCCGACAACUACAUAGCCGAGGUUGGCGAGGAGGAGCAGCAGCAGCAGCAACCGAAGCACCACCACCAAAAACGGGGAGAUAAAGACAGCGGACACAGCUGGGCAGCAGGAGGCGGCGGCGGGAGCAGCGGAGCCGGUCCCCCGGGCUCUCUGUCCCGUAGUCAGGCGGAGGAGGAGGGCUGGACGGAGACGCUGCAGGAUGUCACGGUGCCACCGUACAAAGAGACAUAUGGUCCUGCUCAGAAGAUGCCGGCCACAGCCACAGCCUUGGACUUCUUCCAGCUCUUCGUCCCAGAUAAUUGCAUCCAAAACAUGGUCAUCCAGACUAACAUGUAUGCCAAGAAGUUCCAGGAGCGCUUCGGCUCAGACGAAGGCUGGCGUCCAGUCACAGCCCAGGAGAUAAAGGCCUUCCUGGGCUUUGUCACAUCCACCAGCGUGCACCGCUGUGAGUCGGUGCUCAGCAUCUGGAGCUCAGGCUUCUUCAGCAACAGGAGCAUCGCCUUGAAGAUGAGCCAAGCGCGCUUUGAGAAGAUCCUCAAGUACUUCCACAUCGUGGCUUUCCGGCCGUCACAGGGAAGCAACCAAGGUCUGUACAAGAUCCAGCCCUUCCUGGACUCGCUGCAGCAGUCGUUCAGCUGCACCUUCAGACCUUCACAGACACAGGUUCUUCAUGAGCCCUUGAUAGACGAGGAUCCAGUGUUCAUCACCACCUGUACGGAAAGAGAGCUGAGGAAGAGGAAGAAGAGGAAGUUCAGCCUUUGGGUUCGACAGUGCACCUCCACAGGAUUCAUCUGUCAGAUCUCAGUCCAUCUGAAGGAGGGCCAGGGUACAGACGGUCUGGCCACCUUGAAGAACAAGCCUCAGCUCCACAGUCUCGUGGCCAAGCAGCUCUGCCAGAACAUCUCUGGCAAGAACACCAUCAUCUUUACUGGGCCAUCCAUCACAAGCCUCAGCCUCUUCUCUGAAUUCAGCAAACAAGAUAUCUACUGUUGUGGUCUGCUGAGCACCAGGAAGAGCGACUGUACAGGCUUACCACAAAACAUGCUGGUCUGCGGCUCCACGCCGGCGCAGCGCGGCCAGUCACGAGUAAUGAUGAAAGGCAGCAUGUCACUGAUCAGCUGGUACAACAAGGGACACUUCAGGUUCCUCACCAACGCUUAUUCCCCAACAAAACAAGGUAUGAUCAUUAAGAGGAAAAGUGGGGAGAUCCCAUGUCCCUUGGCUGUUGAGGCCUUUGCGGCACACCUCAGCUACAUCUGCAAAUACGAUGACAAGUACAGCAAGUACUUUAUCUUCCAUAAGCCCAACAAGACCUGGCAGCAGGUGUUCUGGUUGAGCAUCAGCAUCGCCAUCAAUAACGCGUACAUCCUCUACAAGAUGUCUGACGCCUACACGGUUAAACGCUACAGCCGAGCGCAGUUUGGAGAAAGACUGGUCAGAGAGCUGCUGGAUUUAGACGACUGCUCCCCCACACAGUGAGGAGGAGGAGGAGGACAGCAGGAGUGCACAACAAAAACACAAACACACUCACACACACACACACACACACACACACAAUCCCCCACAUACAUUUGUAUUACAGUUGUACAGACUCUGCAGUCUGUGUCUAUGUGAUGAUACUGAAGCUGUGCCAAGCCUAUGUCUCUCUUCCUCUAGCUGUUUUCUGUGGUACUGUAAAUAUUCAUUAACACACGACUGCACACAACACAGUAGAGAAUCAUGAGCCAUGGGACAGUUCACAUGCCUGUAACUUUAAAACCACACAAAUUCACUAAGGAUUUGUUAGCAGGAGCUAUUUCACAAGCAGAGAUAAAGGUGGUACUAAUGAAACCGGGACAAAUUCACCCUUAAAUGAUGUCAGCUUCAAGUUUUAACUCUUAACAAGGAGUCAAAUUAUUGAUAUGAGCCUGAAUCUCCCGUGUUAGUGUUCAAACAUUGUACUCGUCAGGCUUAAAGGCUACACAAGCUUGAUAUUUACACUCUGCAAAAAACACCUCUGACCCUGUAACAAAGCUUAGUAAACCAGGACUAUGGUGCGUUCACACGCUGCAUGCAUAAAAGAAUCUGAAUUGUGACGUUCUCUUGUUCAGUGUGAAAAUGAUUUCUGCUCCAGGUGGGUUUUGAAACUUUUUUUUUGUGCGUGUGUGUGUAUGUAUUUAGCAAGUGGAACUGCCAUGUGUGUGCGCGACGUUGAGCUUGAGGAUGUAAAUGUACGGCUAUUGUGACCCAGAUGCGUCGUGUUGCUGCAUACUGUACUCGCUAGAGGAACGUUGCCAGGUGACAUAAAGCCACACCCAGCAGUGUGCUACCAAUUCACGGCCUACCACUCCAAAUAAUCCCAAAAAAGAAUAACAGCUUGUUUUUGGACGUCUUAAAUCCCCUCCAAACUUUAAAUAUUGGUUACAAACGGUUAAUAUUCAUGACUAACACUUGAUUGGUACACAAAAACAUGUGACCCCCUCCCACUUCAAACCAGUGAGAAGAGCACAGACAAAAGCCGUAUCUUAUAUAAAAACUGUAUCUGUUCCAACUUUUCCAACUUUGGCUGUUGUGUUGGGCAGAUGUUCAUGUAGGAGUACAUUGCUCAUAGUAAGGAUUGAGAAAGAGAGUUUUUGGGGUCUACUAACCCACUACUUUCAACAAAUACCAUCAAAUCUACAGCCUACUUUUGUACCAACAACACUUUUAAUGGCAGUUAAACUCAUCUGAAUUUCUCUUUUUAUUGCUCAUGUAGUUAACUGUACUUUGGCUUUGCAGUGCAGAACACGUUCAAAAUGCCCUUGAUUUAAUUUUCACUAAGCCAGUGUUGCCAAGCAACGAGUACAAUCUUGGCCAGUGGGCAGGGGUUUAGAUAAUAUUGCUUGGCAAGAUUUAAGUCCAGGAAGUAAAAACUGACUCACUGGUGGCUUACUAUAUUCCAGAAAACCAAAUGUUGCAAUAAAUCUUAAUGUAGAUAAAAGGCUUUGGGGGCUGUGACUUGCUUUCUCAGUUUGGUGCACAAAUCUCAUCAAGAACUCCACAAGUCAGCCAACAUUAGUUAGCUGAGAAAUUAUUUGAUCAAAUAAAAAGUGACACAUGAUUUUAUAACUUGAUAGUUACUAUUUCUGAGAACAUUUGCAAGUAAGAAUACCUGGGUGACUGCUUAUUAUACAUGAAAAAUCAGUUUAAUGCAAUACCUUCUCAUCUGAAACAAAAGCAUGGAUACAAUUUGGACUCCUAAUGUGAAUGUUGCUUUCUUCCAGUGGCACAUUUCUUGCCAAGUAACUGAUUUCGACCUGCAGUCUCAUGUAGAAGUGUGAGUGGAGAGGCGAGCGUUUAUCUGAUUAAAAUACACUUACUGUCUCCAGACCGUAUACCACACUGCUGUCUGUAGCUUCAAUGAGGACUCUUCAGUCCUCUUUGCUUUGCCUUGUCAUGCAGUCAACAUGUUAUUGUCACGCUGGAAUCAUGUUACCAAGAUUUUAAGUGAAAGGUUUUGAUGUGUGCUUGCUCAAUCAGCAUGGUUUGAUGUGUCAAUACAUAUUACAAUAAGAUGACAGUCUUUGCACCGGUAGAGCAGAGUUGACGAGUGAUUCGCUGGCAGGACUCAUGCACUUUACCCCAUCAUAGUCUUGCACUUUGAGGAGAGUUGUAAAGUAAGAAACAUGUUUAUUAGAUUAGAUCAUUUUAGUUUUCACCCCAAUGAUAGUAAACACCACUCUCAGAAAAAUAUGGAAAAUAUGAAGUUCUGUAAAUAUACGUAUGAUAAAUGAAAUGGACUGUAUAAAAAAACGGCAAUGAAUUAAGACUGAAAAUCAAUGACUAUAACCAAAACAAAAAGAUUUUCACUGUAGAUUUAGAGUACAAGGUACAGUAUGUAUGUGUAUAUUUUGUUUACAAAUUACUGUGAGUGUAUGUCCAUAAUCACUCUGUCACUGAGACUCAAGAUUGUGAUUUUUUUAACUUUUUCACUAAUCCAAAGCAUUGUUGUUGUCAUUGUUGACCCUGUGUGUGUGAACCACUGAAUAUUGUCGUUAUGUGUGUCUAAGCACUGUUCACCUUGAAGUAACAAUGGUAAUGUUAGGAUUAGCAUUAGCAUUGAUUGGGAUGAAGUCCAGCUGUUGCCGUUUUUGAAACCCACCCUGCCUGUUAGACUGCAUAUGUCCUAUAUUGGUGAUUAAGGAAAAAAUCCAUGCGACUAAAAACUCUUAAAAAAGAGUAACUUAAUACCCUCUCUGGUUGAAAUUGUAAUAAGACACCGUGGUGUACACUUCUACAUCACUGCAGCAAGGUUAACCCUCUGUAGGUCAGAAAAUACAAAGUUUUAACCUGGUGUUAGGUUGACAAAACUUCUUGAUAUGGGACCCUGCUAUUCUUGUGUAAUGUAUUUGUUCUUAUCCCAUUAACUGAAUAAUUGUUAACUUUAGUGAUAUUUGAUAUAUGAAUCUUCCUAAAAUAUCAUUUAGAAAAGAAUUUGUGACAGUCCUGGAAUAAAAAAGCAAACAAACAAGCCUCCAAUUUACAUCAUACAGGGAGAAAAAUCCAUCAUAUAAAGGGCAGAGAAACCAAUUUCCUUACCGAGACUGACCUCAAAAGGCCUUAACGCAUGCGUGUGUACCCACAAGGCAUGUUGUAGUCUGAGUAAGGGGCAUGCAAGCAAUCAUCACUAACCAAAGCAGAAAUAGAUGAGGCAGGUUGAGGGAGGGUGAAUACACCAGAAAAAGAAAAUCCCUAAAAAAUGGACUGCAUCACAGAAUGGUGAAGGACAUAUAACUGUCAAUAGUAUCUCUGUGUGAAUUGUUCCUCUACAGCGUGUCACACGUGUAUAGUAAGAGUGAAAUGAGCCUCUGUGAUGGUGCAUUUAUAAAUGGGCAUUUAAUCUGCAGCUGAUCGUGGACUGAAGCAGGUGUCCCACACACACACACCUUUAGAUGGCACAUGCCAAGGAUGUGUGUGUGUGGCAUCCACAGUGGAUUUUCUGUAGUUCUUGCAUCGCUCAGCUCAGACCACAAAUGAGAAGAAAUUAUGCACCGGGGACUCUGCAAGGCCACGGUUACUUGGCAACAAAUUAUAUAUGAGUGAGAGAGAGAGAGAGAGAGAGGAAAAGGGGGUAGUAUUUGAAGUUUUCCUGCCCAUAUGGUAAUAUUGUUAUCACCCCAACUGCAGACAGAGCUGAGCAGCUUCAUGUCGUCUCCUUUUUAUCAUCUAUCAGAAGGGAAGGGCAGAAGAUCCUUUUGUUCAUUUAGUUCGGAGGAGGGUUGCUUUUUAGCCCAUAUAGAUCAAAAACAUGGUUUCAUUUUAAAUUCUCAGGUAGAUCUCUGAAGUGAUUUUCAAGGCAAAACAAUCUCUUACAGUUAUUCUGUCCAGUCGGCUCUAUUGAUCAGUCAUGAAUCAGAUUUAGUGCCUUGUCCAGCUGAUUUCUUCCUCUCAUUGCAGUGGUUUAGUGUUGUUGAUAUAAUGUAUUGGAGUUGAUGUGAAUGACUAGAAAAGACUAGGUUUUACUUUCUAACAAAAUGAAUAUGGUAAAAUCCUGUCCUGCAUGGUGUGAUUAAUAGACUAGAAAUAAAACUAUCACCUCCGCAGUAGAGUUGUAGAUGCUGAAAAUGUUUUAUGCAGCCCUAUGCCCUUGUCUCAUUGCUGUAAUGACUCACCUCAAGUAAUAUUUCACAUUUUCACACAAGUGACACCACUGGAGUCAGCACUACAUUCUUUAAUAUGAGUUUUUAACACAUUUCAAAAACAUUAAUAGGUCCAAGUAAAACUUCUUGUACAACAAGUAAUUUUACCUGUUCAUAGAAAUGAUGAGAGCAGAUCCCAGUGAUGGAUGUUAGUUUUGCUUUUGUUUACAUGGGUAAACUACUAUGUAGGAACCUGUUUUGUGUGUUAGAGGAAAGAGGCAUGGGUGAGCCUCACUAAAGGCAGAAAGCUUAACAUCCCAUCGCCAAAUAUAGCCUUAAAAAACAAAUUGUAACCACCAAUAUUAAAACAGAAAAUAUCCGCCAUGAGAGAUGUGUCACUUUAAUGGGUCUUUUUUCUCUCCAUUUUCUACUUUUUACAAAUAACAGAGAUGUCUGAUGUAUUUCAUGUGCAAAUGAGAGUAAACAAAGGCAGAUGGGAAGGAGCAAGAUACUGUGCAACUGCUAAGACAGAAAUAGCCUUCAUCAAAUUCGGCGGACAAAUGAUGAUCCCUAAAUCGCUUGUCAAAAAACUUGUUGCAAAAAGAUGCCAUGAAAUAAAUCAUCCUCACUGUCAGUUGUUUAGUGGUAAUGAAACACAGUGGUGUAUAGGAUGAUGUCCAUGUAUGUGGUGUGCUGUAUGUGCAAGUGUGCCAUCUCUGUACAGUGCUUCACAGAUGUCUGUGUUUAUAUCCGGUGAGCAAGACAGUUGUCAUAAGAGUGAGUAAAGAUAUUUAAGAGACUAGCCGUGGAUGUGAUGAAGAAUAAAAAUGGCUGACCUCAGGGCUUCAUAACUAACUGCUGUAUAAUAUAUUCACUUACUGAAAUAAUAUACAUACACUAAAUGGACUCCUAUAACCGUAUCAGGUGCUAUCAAACCACUGUACAAGUAAUAGUAGAAUUAGAUUUGUUGUUGUUGUUGAGAGCUCAGCAACCAAAUAGUGAACACCAGGAUAAUAUAAUGCAGAGGUUGUACCACUAAAAACACCAGAUGUUCACGGUUUUCUGGAUAAAAUGUCAGAAAUAUUAAUGUUACCAGGCACCAAAUGCAAACUUGUGGUAGUGGUAGAACGAUUUCACUUACGAAUCUCGUAAUGGUGGCUGCAGGAUGUCGAGUACUGUGGGCUAAAGUGUUAUCUGGUUUCACAGACGGACCAGAAGGAUGUGCAAGUGUAUGUGCAUGUAAUGUUAACGUUGGGUGGAAUAAUGUGUGUAAAAUAACUGGUGUAUGCUGGACCAAAUAACUUUCUAAAAUGUGUGUGGUGAUGAGUUGUACAAGGUUGUCAUGUAAAUGUGUCUUCAUUAAAACUAUCCACAUGUGGGUGCCCCAUCGAAGAUUUGGAGAAGCUUUUUACUUUGUAGCAAAUGAUUGGAAAUCAUGAGGAAGGCACAGAUUCAGGGUCAAAUGUGCAUCAUGGUACUUUACGUGAUUUGAGUGCAGAGCUUGUCUUUACUAAUCCUCUGUGGUUAGAAUAAGUGUCUUUGCAAUACAUAAUCUCUCCACAUUAGCUUUCAAUUCAGCAAAGAUACACUUGCAGCUAAAAUACAAGUUUUGUGGAACAUUUGAGUAUUCAUUAUUAAACUUGUCAGAUUAGAGUGGUAACCUAGAACCAACUGCACUCCUGUUUUUGUAAUUAAGGACUGCACCAAAAUCACUGGGGUGUGAAAGAGGGCUUUAUGUUUUUCUAAAAAGCAAGAACCUCACCAGAGUUGACUUGCUGAAAAAACUACAACACCAUGCUCCUGAAAAUCUUAAACUAAAACAACAGUAUUGACAUAUUUUCACAUCUGCAUACCUUCGAUCCAUUGAUCCAACUAUAUGUAUGAUAAGUCUCACAAGGGAAGGCUGAAAUAUGAUAUAAAACCCCUUCAUACUACCCUUGCCUCUUUCUGACCCCCAGCCCCUUAUUGGACAACAUUUAACUUCAUUCAUUUAACAAAACGCAAAACUACUGUGUGUGUGUGUGUGUGUGUGUGUGUGUGUGUGUGUGUGUGUGUGUGUGUGUGUGUGUAGGCAAAAAGUUGCCCAAACCAAGCAAUCACAGUAAAUGUUUUAAAUGUGGGUCUGUUUGUAUCAUUAUGUGCUGGAGGCCUCUGUACUGUAAAGAUUGUUUGUUGUUUAAUGUGCAAAGCAGUUUUACGAUUUUUCAGGCCUCUGAGAUUUUGCAUUCAACACUUAAGGAGCCCAACCUGCUACACUGAGUAUUUGUUGCUAUGGUCUUGUUUGACCUGUAAACUCAAUUAUAAAGGACUAACUCUGCUGUG